UUCCCAACCACAAGCACCAAGGCAGAAGGGCAAGAAGCACGCAACCCCAGCAACCAGAGUGCCAGCGCAGCCAUGGUCCCUGAGGUGAGUGAAUGCCAAGUGCUAGAUGCCUCAGACUUGGCCAGCUUCCUGGAAAACUCUAGCAUUUCCUAUGACUAUGGAGAAAACAAGAACAACUCCUGCUGUGACUCCCCACCCUGCCCACAGGACUUCAGCCAGAACUUCGACCGGGCCUUCCUUCCAGUCCUCUAUAGCUUUCUCUUUGUGCUGGGGCUGCUGGGCAAUGGUGUUGUGGCGGCUGUGCUGCUGAGCCAGCGGUCCGCCCUGAGCAGCACUGACACCUUCCUGCUCCAUCUGGCCAUGGCUGAUGCACUACUGGUGCUGACACUCCCACUCUGGGCAGUGGAUGCUGCUGUCCAGUGGGUCUUUGGCUCUGGCCUCUGCAAAGUGGCAGGCGCUCUGUUCAACAUCAAUUUCUAUGCAGGGGCCCUGUUGCUGGCCUGCAUCAGCUUUGAUCGCUACCUGAGCAUAGUGCAUGCCACCCAGCUCUACCGCCGGGGUCCCCCAACCCGCGUGGCCCUUACUUGUGUAGUUGUCUGGGGGCUCUGCCUGCUCUUUGCCCUCCCAGACUUCAUCUUCCUCUCAGCCCACCAUGACGACCGCCUCAAUGCCACCCUCUGCCAGCACACUUUCCCACAGUUCGGCCGCACAGCUCUGCGUGUGCUGCAGCUGGUGGCUGGUUUCCUACUGCCCUUGCUGGUCAUGACCUACUGCUAUGCCCGAAUCCUGGCUGUGCUGCUGGUCUCCAGAGGCCAGCGGCGCCUGCGAGCCAUGCGGCUAGUGGUAGUGGUGGUGGUGGCCUUUGCCCUCUGCUGGACCCCCUAUCACCUAGUGAUUAUGGUGGACACCCUCAUGGACCUGGGGGCCUUGGCCCGCAACUGUGGCCGAGAAAGCCAUGUGGAUGUGGCCAAGUCAGUCACCUCAGGCAUGGGUUACAUGCACUGCUGCCUCAACCCACUGCUCUACGCCUUUGUGAGGGUCAAGUUCCGAGAACGUCUGUGGGCACUCCUCAUGCGUCUGGGCUGCCUUGCCCUCCAGCGGCAGCCAUCUUCUUCCCACCGAGAUUCUUCCCGGUCUGAGACCACAGAAGCCUCUUACUCAGGCUUGUGAGACUAAGAUGGGGGCUCCCCUUUGGCCCAUGCAGACUUCACACGCACUUCAGGGUCGCUUCCUUCCUCACUGCUAGGCUGGCGUUGGCUCUCCCCAUAAUCCUGCCCCUGGAGCUCCCUGGCAGCUCCAGCACUACCAGGUCUCCCAGAGAGCUGCCUUCCCUGUCCUGGGGGCCUAAGCUAUUGCUGCUCCCUAGCUGCCAAGACCUCUCUUACUACUUCAGAGGUGGAUGCCUGGAGUCCCACUGCCCCUCUAAUUCAGCGACUGAACUUGGCCUUUCCCAUGUGCAAGGAGCAUGAGGCAAACAGCAGAGUGCUGUCCCAUAAGGCUGCAGCCCAGGCCACCAGCUCAGCAUCAACUGUGGUGAUGAUUCCC